ACCACCGACAAUACCAUCACCUACCGCCUUCUCCACCACCUCUGCCGCAACAUUGCUUGUUUUACAUUAAUAAACAUCGCCACCAAUGUCACUAUCAUCACCCGUUUUGACGGCCGCAUCACGGAGGUACCUCUGGUUUAAAUUUGUUGUAGCAUCCCUAUUUCAGGGGAGGAAGAUAAAGAGUUUUGCUAACAAUUGAGAAACUCCAAAACCUUUUGUGGCAGAUUUUGGAAUUUUGCAUAUCAAUCCAAUCCAAUACAAAGAUGAAAUUUUGGGCUUAAUUUGGUUAUGAAAUGACACUCAAACAUUCAAUCUCACUAAUCAGAAACGAGGGGGCAGCCAUCUCUAUAUUCCAUCAAUCAAUUUCAAGACGCACACAAGGUUUUCGAUCAAAUGCCGCACUGGAAUCACUUAUUAGGGAACACCCAACUCAAAACUUAGUCUUAUAUAACUACCCAUCUUUUUCCGGAGCGUUUUCGGCUUUAUUUGCUCAUUUAUUUCACCAUCAACUCAAUCUUCCAUGUCUCAUUUUGCCUUUUUCAUCUGUUGAACCUUUCAGGGUUGAUGAUUUGUCUAUUGAAGGACUUGAGAAAUGUUAUUUUCUUGAUUUUCUUGGCCCAAAAGGGUUUGCAGCUGAACUUUCAAGACGGACAUCAUGCCAGGUGAUAGGAUUCGAUCACCGGAAAUCCACACUGUCUGAUAUCCAUUUGUAUGAGGAUUGUAGCAGCAAUCUUUUGUAUCAAGUUAAUUUAGAGAAGAACAGUUCCUCUGCUGCAUAUGACUAUUUCUCUUCCAAAUUAGCAGAAAUAAGAUCUGAUAAUGGAAAUACUGCAUGUCUAUUGAAUACUGAAGACCAAGGGAGAGUGGAAAUGGUCCUUAAGUAUCUUGAGGAUGGAGACCUUCGCCGGUGGACCUUGCCAGAUGUCAAAGAAUUCAAUAUUGGUCUGUCUAAAUGGCGUUCAAAGUUGAAUUGCAUCACAAAUCCACACUUGUUUGAUCAGUUAAUGAAGAUUAGUGUCACGAAUUUAGUAGCACAGGGAAGUGCUUAUGUAACUAGUCGACAGAAUUUAGCUACUAAACUUCUGAAAAAGGUGUUUAAAGUUAGGCUGGGCAGAGGAUUAUAUGGGGACUGUUUGGGGGUUAGGAUUGAUGGAAGUUCCGAUUUAAGUGAUAUAAUCGGCAAGGAACUCAGCGUGCAGAGUGAAGCAGCUGGUUUGAGGUGUAUUGGAGCAGUUGUUUACAUGCAAGGGAAGAAUCUCAAAAUGUGCCUACGGAGUACAGAUAGCUCUAUUGAUACAUCUGCAAUUGCUAAGGUAUAUGGUGGAGGAGGUUCCUGCUCUUCAAGCUCAUUUAUAAUUCGAAUGGAUGAGUAUAAUCACUGGAUUUCUGGUGCGUUUUCUCACAAUGCCUAGUCGAAUGCACCAACAUUUUGUGUUACUGGAAGGUCUUUUAGGUAUAGGUUAGUAUAAGUCAUAUGUUAGUGAACAUGAUGCUCAAACUUGUGUCAUUUUGAUUCAUCUAAAUUGUAUGUAUCUACAAAUCUGUAAGCUUCUUUAUGAUUCGACCUGUCCAUAGUUGAAGCAUUUGGAAGGCAUUUCAAAUCAGUUCCUAA